GAUUGAGGGCUAAGAUGCUUUCCGGUCGGGCGGGAGGAGGUGACGUCAGGAGCGGGGGCCCGCGGGGGCCGCCUGUAGCCCUGGGGACGUUGUAUCUGUGGGCCCUAGGAUCGCGUCACAAGUCGGCGACUGAGCUGUGGCGGCGGUGGCCGAGGCAGCGAAGGCGGCAGCGGCGGCGACAGCUCUGGGGUUUGCGUCUCGGGGUGUGUCGGCCGCCGCUGCUGCUUGGGCCUGGUAUGUACAAAUGGCUGGUUAGGAUUCUCGGCACCAUUUUCCGUUUCUGUGACCGGCCGGUGCCCCCUGCCAGGGCCCUCCUGAAGAGGCGGCGCUCGAACAGCACUCUGUUUUCUACAGUGGACACUGAUGAAAUACCAGCCAAAAGACCAAGAUUAGAUUGCUUUAUUCAUCAAGUGAAAAACAGUCUGUACAAUGCUGCCAGCUUGUUUGGAUUUCCAUUCCAGCUGACCACAAAACCCAUGGUAACUUCUGCUUGUAAUGGAACACGGAAUGUGGUCCCUUCAGGAGAGGUAUUUUCAAACUCCUCAUCUUCUGAACUGACCGGUUCUGGAUCCUGGAACAACAUGCUGAAACUGGGUAAUAAAUCUCCUAAUGGAAUAAGUGAUUAUCCAAAGAUCAGAGUGACAGUAACUCGAGAUCAGCCACGCAGAGUCCUGCCUUCCUUUGGUUUUACUUUGAGCUCAGAAGGUUAUACUAGAAGACCAGGUGGCCGUCGCCACAGCAAAGGCAAUCCAGAGAGUUCUUUAACGUGGAAGUCUCAGGAGCAGGUUGUAACAGAGAUGAUUUCUGAAGAGGGUGGCAAGGGUCUGAGGCGUCCUCAUUGUACUGUGGAGGAGGGUGUUCAAAAAGAAGAAAGAGAGAAAUACCGGAGGUUAUUGGAGCGACUUAAAGAAGGUGGUCAUGGAAACUCUGUUUCUCCUGUAACUUCAACUCAUCAAAGUUCUCAAAGAAGUCAGAUGGACACAUUAAAGACCAAAGGCUGGGGGGAAGAGCAAAGUCAUGGACUCAAAACAACUCAGUUUGUUCCAAAGCAAUAUAGAGUUGUUGAAACAAGGGGACCUCUGUGUUCAGUGAGAAGUGAAAAGAGGUGUUCAAAGGGGAAAAUUUCUGAUACAGAAAAGACAGUUGGAAUCAGACUAGAAAAUGAAUGUAGGAGGGGACUUCAGCUGGAACCCGACCUGUCUGAAGAAGUGUCAGCCCGGCUCCGCCUGGGCAGUGGAAGCAAUGGCUUACUCAGGAGGAAAGUGUCAGUGCUUGACGCAAAAGAAAAAGGCUGCCCAAGCAGAGAGCGGGAUAAAAGGACGGAGGACCUUCUUGAGCUCACGGAGGACAUGGAAAAGGAAAUCAGUAAUGCUCUAGGCCAUGGCCCACAGGAUGAGAUCCUAAGUAGUGCUUUCAAAUUACGAAUCACUCGAGGAGAUAUCCAGACCUUGAGAAACUAUCACUGGCUCAAUGAUGAAGUCAUUAAUUUUUACAUGAACCUCCUGAUGGAAAGAAAUAAAAGGCAAGGGUAUCCAGCACUUUAUGCAUUCAGUACUUUCUUCUAUCCGAAAUUAAAGUCUGGGGGUUACCAAGCAGUGAAAAGAUGGACCAAAGGGGUCAGUCUCUUUGAACAGGAACUUAUUCUGGUGCCUAUUCAUCGGAAGGUACAUUGGAGCCUGGUGGCUAUAGACCUAAGAAAAAGGUGUCUUAAAUAUCUGGAUUCUAUGGGACAAAAAGGCCACAGGAUCUGUGAGAUUCUCCUUCAGUAUUUACAGGAUGAAAGUAAGACCAAAAGAAAUAUUGACCUGAAUCUUUUAGAGUGGACCCACUACAGCAUGAAGCCACAUGAGAUUCCUCAGCAGUUGAAUGGGAGUGAUUGUGGAAUGUUUACUUGUAAAUAUGCAGAUUAUAUCUCUAGGGACAAACCUAUCACAUUUACUCAGCACCAGAUGCCUCUGUUCCGGAAGAAGAUGGUGUGGGAAAUCCUUCAUCAGCAGUUGCUGUGAGAAUGCCCCACCCCGUCUCUCCAGCUGCUGGUGGUUCUUUCAUGGACGGACGUUUCCAUAUACCUCAUGCAUUGUGGGUUAAGAAGUCCCUGCAUCACCUCUGUUCUUUCACAGGUACUGAGCUGUCAGAAGUGCAUGAAGGCCUCUCUCUGCACCCUGGUCCUGACUUGGUGUGCAGCGGGCUGCUUGCAACCCUUUUUAUAAGGCUGUGCCUGCUCAGAGCCCUGGACUAUCAACCCACACAAGAACAUACGCUAAUUAAUACUUUUUUUUAAAGAUUUUUUUUCCCCCUAUGAAUGUGGGAAGUGCAGAAUUUAUUUUAUGAUUUGUUUUUUCUUUAUGUUUGUUCAUGUGUAUUCAUUCACUCACUCAUUUGCAAACAUGAUGGGCAGUGGCUGUUUUCUGCUGCUCUUUUAAAGUUAACUCUAAAUUACUUGUUUGAACUAUUUAUUUCUGAAAGGAAUGUUGAUCAAGCUGCUGUUCCCUGCUAAAGAUCCUGAGGGAAGUCAGUGGGGAAGGAAGGAAGAGUUAAUUAGCCUCUACAGCUAGAGCAGUAACUACUGACUUGAAGCAGGAGGUCUUCUUUCUUUUGAGGCUUGACAGUGCCAGGAGAGGUGCCGUGGUGUAGGGCUCUGGUUGCCUUUCAGAGGAAGUCUACACUACAGCAUUGGCAUGGUAUCAUGGAAAAGUGGAACUAUGGCCCAGGAACUCUGGCUAUCUAAGUGUCUUCAGAAGAGUGUCGGAGUCAUCCUAAAGAGACUUCCCUUUCUGGAAAUGAGGUACUUUCUGGAAAUGAGAGACUUGGCUACUCUUAAAACUGGAUUUGAAGUAACUGUAAACCCUAAAUCUUCAUUUUGAUCCCAAAUCUGCUUGUGUAUAAGCCUCAGAUAUGUAAGGGAAGGGCUGGCCUGAGCUGUUGAUUUCAAAGGAUACUGUUCAAUUUAAAGCUGUUUUCUCUCAACGUUUUUUUUUUCCUUUAUAUGAAGUCGAAAUUAAGUUUUAUACUCAUUAGCAUUUACAUCUCCCCAUUCCACCCUUACUGAAAUCUGUGCAAGAAAAUUUAGUACUUGGUUCUGAGGUUGCCAGUUCUACAGUAAUCUAUUUUGCAUAUGAAAGUUUGUAUUUAACUGUUUUGUUCAUUAAAAACCUUACAGUGGUUAUGCAUAUUUAAUUUCAGGAAAUUUAGAGUUGGUCAGAACAUAUUUUGCAAAAUCUAGUGCCUAGUGUUGCUUUUUUGAUGUAAUAAAAGGUUGUCUGGCAGAACCUGAA